UGUCGUAUUUCCAAUGAUGCAAUUAAAACUGGCCGACAGUUUUCUUCUUUCCUGUCGGAAAAAGAAUGGAGGAAAUCGGAGUUCUUGUGGAGAAAUGUCCGGAUGAAAUACCUGUACUGUUGAACUCCAGGCCACAUACUGGACUCUCUUUCCUGAACCCCGAGCCUGAAGAUCUAGAAGACCUUUAUAGUCGUUAUAAAAAGUUACAACAGGAAUUGGAGUUUCUUGAGGUGCAAGAGGAAUAUAUCAAAGAUGAACAGAAGAAUCUUAAAAAGGAGUUCCUUCACGCACAGGAAGAAGUGAAGCGGAUCCAAAGUAUUCCACUUGUAAUUGGCCAGUUCUUGGAGGCAGUGGACCAAAACACGGCCAUUGUGGGGUCUACCACAGGUUCAAAUUACUAUGUGCGUAUUCUGAGUACGAUUGACCGAGAGCUGCUGAAACCUAAUGCCUCGGUGGCAUUGCACAAACAUAGCAAUGCGCUGGUGGAUGUUCUGCCCCCAGAGGCAGAUAGUAGCAUCAUGAUGCUGUCAUCAGAUCAGAAACCAGAUGUCCUGUACUCUGACAUUGGUGGAAUGGAUAUCCAAAAACAAGAAGUCAGGGAGGCUGUAGAACUGCCACUCACACACUUUGAACUUUAUAAACAGAUUGGAAUCGACCCUCCUCGUGGUGUUCUGAUGUAUGGUCCCCCUGGAUGUGGAAAAACUAUGUUGGCCAAAGCUGUAGCUCAUCAUACCACAGCUGCUUUUAUCAGAGUUGUUGGCUCAGAAUUUGUGCAGAAGUAUUUGGGUGAAGGUCCACGUAUGGUGCGUGAUGUCUUCAGGCUUGCUAAAGAAAAUGCCCCUGCCAUAAUCUUUAUUGAUGAGAUAGAUGCAAUAGCAACAAAACGAUUCGAUGCUCAGACAGGAGCUGAUAGAGAAGUGCAACGGAUCCUCUUGGAACUGUUGAAUCAGAUGGAUGGCUUUGACCAGAAUGUCAAUGUAAAGGUAGGAACUCCUUUUACCUUUUUAACUAUAUGUUUAAAAAAAUUCUCCAUUUUUUGCUGCUCAGAAAUUAAAAUUUACCUCUCUUGUUAUGUUACAGAUGUUGCUAGACCUGACAAAAUUUCUGGAGCUGACAUUAAUUCGAUUUGCCAAGAGGCUGGUAUGUUAGCUGUGAGAGAGAACCGUUAUAUUGUUCUAGCAAAGGAUUUUGAAAAAGCUUAUAAGACUGUAAUAAAGAAGGAUGAACAGGAACAUGAAUUUUAUAAGUAAAUGAAGAGAGCAGGGCUGUACUACAGCAGCCUUCCAUUUCUGAAAAAUUGUUGUUCCAACACUUUUAUCUGCAUUGCUACAGAGUACAGAUCAACAUAGUUGUGCUGCUAAAGAGAAUAUAGAUAAUAAAAUAUUGUUGUGGUAAA